UUGCAUACCUUUAGGCUCCCAAUAGAAUUCAAAGUAAAUUCAAAUUUUACAUAGAAUGGCAUUCAAUACAAUCGACUCAAAUGAAUUUCGGUUUGAUACUUCUGAUGAAAACGAGAAUUCCGUAAAGAAAAACGAUUUUCCAAGUAUUUUGGAAUCCGAGCUGACCAGUUUAACGCCAACGCAAGCAAUUGCAUUCACCAUAAUCGUCGGUUUUUUGUGUGGCUUAUCGAUUGUUGGAAAUGUUGGAGCACUUUAUGCAAAUAGAAAAAGAAAAUUACGUUUGUUUUUUCGAACUUGCCUCAUAUCUUUGGCAAUAAGUGAUCUCAUUCAAACGAUAUUCAUGUCGGCCGGAUAUUUAGCACAAUUCGCUGCACCAUAUGUCCAAGUUUGGUGUCUUGGCGAAGCAAUGUGUAUUUUUAUUCCCUUUGUUACGACUGGAGCUAUUUUAGCAGGAAGUAUGACUCUAGUGGGUAUCGCUAUGGAUAGAUACUUUGCUGUUAUGAGUUCGGUUCUUGGAUCUUGGAAUCCAAGUAGAAGAUUUUGCAUUGUGUCUGUGACUAGCAUUUGGGCGUUGUCAUAUGGUAUUGCAAGUCCAAUGUAUUCAGCAUAUUCAACAUACAAAGUUUAUAUAUUAGGAUCGAUGGCAUUUGAAGCGGAAGAAGAUGAUCCUGAAAUUAUAGGACUAACACUGGUGGAAAUGUGCGUUUCAGAGAAGAAAUCAAAUGCAUACUAUUACAUCGUUGUCCUAGCCAUCAUUUUCAUUCCAACGUUAGUUGCCUUCGUUUGGCUUAACUCAAUCAUUGCUAAUAAAUUAUGGAUCCGAAGACGUUCCAUCCGUACGCCACCAACUCUACAGCAACCCCAACUGGGAAGACCUCAGGCUGCAACGCCAACAACAACCUCAUUGUCUGCCGCUUUGAGUUUGGGUAGAAAGCCCCAAGAUAAAUUAAUGGAAAAGGCAGCGCACCAACAAUAUGAAUAUGACCAUCCUUGCCAUUGCAAAGGGGGUCACAAGAUUUGUUCCUAUUCAACAUUAACGGUGCCAACGCGGAGUAUGGUGGCGACAACAACUACAACAAUAACAACAACUACGACCAUGAAGUCGCUGGAUAGGGAAACGCCGCCGAACAACAAUGUGAAAAGCAAUUCCAACACUGCUGGAGGCAACAGCGCGAAGCAUAUUAGUACCCGCGAAGCUCGCCACCUGCGAAUGUUCGCUAUUGUUCUGAUCCUGAUGGCUGUGUUCAUCUUCUUCCGGUUGCCUGCCUGGGUGUUUCUCAUUAUGCGAAUGUACGGUACCUAUACGCGUCCAGUUCACUGGAUUUUGCAUUUCUCCUUUGGCAUCCUAACCCUGACCAGCUGCGUCCUUAAUCCACUUUUGUAUACGUUCCUAGCUGAAACAAUCCAAUAUACGUUGUUCAUGAAAGGGAAACUUUGUGGUCUAAGGCGUUUCUUUGGGAAUCGUGUUGGGGCGAAUUGUGAAAGAAACAGCCACUGUUGCAAUUCCAACGACGACGACGACAACAAUGGAAAUGACGACAAAAUGACUCACAUUCAGAAACAACUCCAAAAUGUUAGAAAACAAAAUGUCAACGACAACGACAACGACGACGGCAGCCAUGAUAAACAUGAUGAUGAUGAUGAUGACUGCUGCUGCUGUUGCAAAGACGAAGCGAGUAACGAUGGCGCCAAAAGUACUUCAAAGAAAAGUGAUGAUGAUUCUAACGCCAAAGUGUACACCAUCAUCAUCCCCAUUCUCCAGAAGGAGGCCAUGUAAUGUUAGGCGUUGGGGUAGCUCGUAGCUGCAGCAUGGAUUUGUAUGAAAAGUUGAUGCCAGAAUGCUUGAGUGCAACGCUGUUGUAGUAACCAUGAAUAAAUAGUGAGAUAUCCAAA